UUGCCUCCUACGUACUUCUGAAACUUUCAGACACUCCGACGCUCUUUGACCACCAACAAGGUCUCGAGGAAAACAGAAUGUGGGAGGGGGUGUAGAUCGUGUGACGCGAUCCUGUUUAUGGUCAAAAAGCCGCCGGAGGCAAAGUAUGCUGUCAUUCUCGAACCCCUGUACGUUGAAGUCGUUAUCCCUACAGCCAUUUUGAACGCCUCUGUUGUACCGCCUUUUUUCUCUUUCUUUUUGCCUCUUGGAUUUUCGGUUUCUGUUCGCUGUACGUCUAUGACCUGUCUAUCACCCUAUGCUUUUACCUUCGUGCUUUCACUUAUAUAUGAUACGAUUGAGGAGUAUUUAUUGUUGUAGGAUAGGUUGAAGCAACAUGGUGGUUCGUGGUUACCCAGAUGAAUUUGCAAGAACCACCGGCGUAAUAUUAAU